UUUGUUUUCUAUCCCCCCCACCCCCGGAAUGGGAAAAUAAGAAUCUCCUUGGAUCGGAGUCCUCCGGGGUAGGGCGUGAAAGCCCCGGGGGCAGGAAGGGACGGAGAAGAGGGGCUUGCCCAGAGCAUGGAUAGGAAAGGAGCCGGGGCGCUCCAGGGCUCAGCGCGCACUGAGGAUCUGUGCCCGGGGCUGCAGCUGCGGAUGAGAAAGGCGCUGUCUGGCUAAUGAAGGCCACCUGGAUCAGGCUUCUGAAAAGAGCCAAGGGAGGAAGGCUGAAGAAUUCGGAUAUCUGUGGUUCGGCAGACUCCUACACCAGCCGUCCGUCCGAUUCAGAUGUUUCUUUGGAGGAAGAUCGGGAGGCAGUGCGCAGAGAAGCAGAGCGACAGGCCCAGGCCCAGUUGGAAAAGGCAAAGACAAAGCCCGUUGCAUUUGCUGUUCGGACAAAUGUCAGCUAUAGUGCAGCCCACGAAGAUGACGUUCCGGUGCCAGGCAUGGCCAUCUCCUUCGAAGCAAAAGAAUUUCUGCAUGUUAAGGAAAAAUUUAACAAUGACUGGUGGAUAGGACGAUUGGUGAAAGAAGGCUGUGAAAUCGGAUUCAUUCCAAGCCCGGUGAAACUAGAAAAUAUGAGGCUACAGCAUGAACAGAGAGCCAAGCAAGGGAAAUUCUACUCCAGUAAAUCAGGAGGAAAUUCAUCAUCCAGUUUGGGUGACAUAGUACCUAGUUCCAGAAAAUCUACACCGCCAUCAUCCGCUAUAGACAUAGAUGCUACUGGCUUAGAUGCAGAAGAAAAUGAUAUUCCAGCCAACCACCGCUCCCCUAAACCCAGUGCAAACAGUGUAACGUCACCCCACUCCAAAGAGAAAAGAAUGCCCUUCUUUAAGAAGACAGAGCACACUCCUCCUUAUGACGUGGUACCUUCUAUGCGACCAGUGGUCUUGGUGGGCCCUUCUCUGAAGGGGUAUGAGGUCACAGAUAUGAUGCAAAAAGCGUUGUUUGAUUUUUUAAAACACAGAUUUGAAGGGCGGAUAUCCAUCACAAGGGUCACGGCUGACAUCUCGCUCGCCAAGCGCUCAGUGUUAAACAAUCCCAGCAAGCAUGCCAUAAUAGAAAGAUCCAACACAAGGUCAAGCUUAGCGGAAGUUCAGAGUGAAAUCGAAAGGAUUUUUGAACUUGCAAGAACAUUGCAACUGGUAGUCCUUGAUGCGGAUACUAUUAAUCAUCCAGCUCAACUCAGUAAAACUUCUUUGGCCCCUAUUAUAGUAUAUGUAAAGAUUUCUUCUCCUAAGGUUUUACAAAGGUUAAUAAAAUCUCGAGGGAAAUCUCAAGCUAAACACCUCAAUGUCCAGAUGGUAGCAGCUGAUAAACUGGCUCAGUGUCCUCCGGAACUGUUUGACGUGAUCCUGGAUGAGAACCAGCUCGAGGAUGCUUGUGAGCACCUUGCUGACUAUCUGGAGGCGUACUGGAAGGCCACCCACCCUCCCAGCAGCCAUCUCCCCAACCCUCUCCUUAGUCGUACUUUAGCCACUUCAACUCUGCCCAGUAGCCCCACUCAAGCCUCUAAUUCACAGGCUCGUCACGGCGAUCAGAGGACUGAGCGCUCCAUUCCUGCCCGGGCUGCCUCCCAAGCUGAAGAUGAACCCUGCCCGGAACCCGUCAAGAAGCCCCAGCACCGGUCCUCCUCCGCCCAGCACCACAGCCAUCGCAGUGGGACGAGUCGAGGCCUCUCCAGGCAGGAGACAUUUGACUCGGAAACCCAGGAGAGUCGAGACUCUGCCUACGCGGAGCCGAAGGAAGAUUAUUCCCACGAACACGUGGACCACUAUGCCCCCCACCGAGACCAUAACCUCCGAGAUGAGCCCCACGGGAGCAGUGAGCACAGACACAGGGAGUCUCGGCACCGUUCCAGGGACCUGGAUCGAGAGCAGGACCACAACGAGUGCAACAAGCAACGGAGCCGGCAUAAAUCCAAGGAUCACUAUUGUGAUAAGGAUGGAGAAGGCAUCUCCAAAAAACGGAACGAGGCUGGGGAGUGGAACAGGGAUGUUUACAUCCGCCAGUGACUUUUGCCCGUUUGUGUUUCUUUUUUUUUUAAGUCUUGUAUACCACCACCCUCAGACUCAAUCUUUGGGGUCUACAUUGCAGUCAUGUGU